CAGCAAUUUCAGUCUGAACGAUAAGAUGAGGAACUUCCUCGGAGCUGUGGAAGACAAGAUGGUGUUGUCACGGCAACAUGGAAGCAGUGAUGACGUCGACAGACGUCUUUCCAAGCUGACCGGAACGGCAGCAACAACCAAGUCACAUCCUGCUAUGAAGGGUAUGAAAGGAACAGUUGACCAGCUUCCUGAUGAGCUGAGCGGUACAGCCCUCUGGCAGAGCGUGGCCCAGGGGGGCCUCUGCCAAGGAAUCAGCCGGAGGUCGCAUCAAACUCGCUGCAAGCAAAGCCCAGGAUAAGAACCUGCAGAAACAGUUCUUGAUGGAUGAGGUCAACUCCCUGACGGACAAGCUUGACAAACUCAACGCAACGUUUGCGGAGCUCAGCACAGAGUACGUCAAGACCCAAGACGCGAUCAGCACUAUCUGUGAAGAACUGCAUUCUCAGAAGACGCUUGCUGAAGAGGAGAAGGAAAAACCAGAAGAAAAUGAGAAGCUGAUGAAAAGCACAACAAAACUUCUGAGCGACGCCCAGAACAAUCUGACCGACAUCAAACUCAUACGAGAUGCUCUCUCUAAGAAGAUCGACUCAUACAGCAAGCUGCUCGAGGAGAGGCAGCAACAAUUACAAACUCAACUCAGACGAAAAGAGGUCAAGAAAAAGUAAAAACUCCCCUAUUUCAAAUAAUGGAACUGCCAAAUCGCUAUAGAGUCAUGUAUUACGUAGGUCAUUCUAAUCGCUCUACAAGGGGUGAUAUACACAAGCAGCAAACUACUUGAAAGGAGGCAACAACAAUUACAGACUCAUCUCAGAUGCAAAUAGGUCAAUAAGUAAACUCCCCCUAUUUCAGAUAAUGGAACAGCCAACUUUCCAGAGUCAUUUAUUACACAGACUAAUCUAUUCACUCUACAAGGGGUUAUACCGAUAUGUGCAUAUAGCAAGCAGCCCGAAUUACAGACGAAAAGAGGUCAAGAAAAAGUAAAACCCCUCUAUUUCAAAUAAUGGAACAGUCACAUUGCAGUAGAGUGGUGUAUUACAUAGGCCAUUCCAUUCACUCUACAAGGGAUGAUGUAUACAGCAAGCUACUUUGAAGAGAAGCAGCAACAAUUACAGACUCAAUGCAGAACAAUAAAAGAUCAAGUAGAAAUCUGCUAUCUGACUCUUGUGCAUUUUGUUUCGAGGGAGUCCACGGCAUUGGCUAAAAUUGUAUAUUUAAUUUAUUAGAUAUAUCAUUUUAAGAAUAUACUUUGUUGUAGAAAAUAUCAUAGUAGUUGAUUUUUAUACUGAAUUGUAAAUAUUGCUGUGUGCUUUUCAUCUUUAUUUUCUUGCAAUACUCAGAAUAAAAUUGAUAUUGAUAAUUAUUGUUGAUUAUGAAGCAUGAAUUGUUGAUUUUUUAAUGAUAUUUAAUACAAAAGGUUGAAGUAUUGUACUUUAUCAUCAAAAUUUUCCUGUUUUACAUCAUGUAUUAAAUAAAUUUGUAGGAUUAUAUUUCUGAAAUAAAUGACAACUGUCUUUAUAGUAUUGUCACAUUGUUCAAUUAAAACAUAAAGUCAUUAAUUGUAUAACUAUCCUGUGCCUUUUGAUAUUUUACCUAAUCAAUAUGCAAAGAUAUUUAUUUAAACUAUGUACAAAGUAUUUCGAAAUUUGUUCCGUCCUACAUUCUACAGUUUUGAAGUAUUUCCUUAUUUUGACCGUCCAUUAUUAUCUUGAGUGUGUUUUCUUUUCAUUGUACAUGUACAUCAGUAAAGUAAUGUGUGAUAUUUCACUUAGCAUAGAAAAAAUAUUGGUCAUUAUAAAUUUAUGGUCAUAAAUGUAUAAUGGAAGGAAUAAAAGCAACAUCUAUGUUGAUGAAGGAAUAAAAUUGCCCGGCAUCAUCUAUUUCAAUCGCUAUUCGAUGAGGAAGAAUUUAUACCAGUUCGGUCAGUUAUCUGCAUCAGAUAAUACACAUAAAUCCCAUAAAGCUGAGAUUUAGGAGAGUUGAGAGUUAUUGUAUUGUCAAUUUUUAAUUUGAAUUUGGAAUGUUUAGAAUCGUAAUAUGUAUGUUCAUGAUGAUCCAUUACAAAAUUGGACUCUGCUCAGUCUAAUCAC